GCACUUUUUAGAAAUCACGUCAGUUAGGAAGAGCUCGACCCACCUGAUGAUCCUUGGCUCAAUCCGCUCCACAUGAUUUACCAAGGGAGGGCAAAUUAAUCUACCUCUUACAUUAAACACAUCUAAUGCGCUUUUUAUAUUCCUCGGACUCGGAAAUCGACUUUUUGUAACUUCGCGCGCGCGUCUCGUGAACAUUUUAACCGACCAUUAAAGGAGCGAUACAGUUUAUAAUCAAGCCUAAAACUUUGCACUACGUUUGCUAGUUGUUUUAUAUAUAUAUAUAUAUAUACAUACAUACAUAUAUAUAUAUAUAUAUAUUUUGCACUUGAGCAUUUUUGUAAGGAUGCAUACCACCCAAAAGGACACCACUUACACCAAGAUAUUUGUCGGCGGUCUUCCGUACCAUACGACGGAUUCCAGUCUAAGGAAAUAUUUUGAAGUGUUUGGUGAAAUUGAGGAGGCUGUGGUGAUUACCGACAGGCAGACUGGGAAGUCCAGGGGUUAUGGAUUUGUGACUAUGGCAGACCGCUCUUCCGCAGACAGAGCUUGUAAGGACCCCAACCCCAUCAUCGAUGGCAGGAAGGCCAACGUUAACCUGGCUUAUCUGGGAGCCAAGCCACGGGUGAUGCAGCCAGGUUUUACCUUUGGUGUCCCUCAGAUUCACCCUGCUUUCAUCCAAAGACCAUAUGGGAUCCCCACUCAUUACGUGUACCCGCAAGCCUUCAUGCAGCCCAGCAUGGUCAUUCCUCACAUCCAGCCAACCGCUGCCUCCGCCACCGCAUCCUCGCCUUACAUCGACUACACAGGUGCAGCCUACUCUCAGUAUGCCAGCGCAGCAACCGCCGCGGCAGCCGCAGCCUACGAGCAGUACCCUUACGCGGCCUCUCCUGCCGCAGCUGGCUACGUAGCUGCCGCCGGCUACGGCUACGCCAUGCAGCAGCCGCUGGCCACCACUGCACCGGGUUCUGCAGCCGCAGCUGCUGCAGCCUUCGGUCAGUUCCAUCCCCAGCAGCUGCAAGCAGAACGGAUGCAAUAGCAACCAAUGGCGCAAAUGGGAGACAUGCGGGGGGGUUGACGCCCAGCGACUACUAAUAGAUGAAGAUGUGAAGAAUGAUGAAGAAAAUAAUUGCUGGUUGUGGGUUGAUUGCAAAAGGAUGAAGAUGGAAAGAAUUCGGGAGGGGGAUAGUAAUUGGUGGAGAUUAUUAGUGAGGUGGGAACUCCAGUACUUUCCAACUUGCUGUGAUUAAAAUCAAAUUAGAAAACAAAACAAAAAAAGUUUGCAGAAAAGGAAGGAAUCUAGCUUUUUACUAUUAUCAUUAUUAUUAUGUUAUCUUUAUUACUAUAAUUAAUAUUAGAGUAGAAUAUUUAUUGUGAAAGGAGGUAUGCAGCGACUAAUCACUGUGGUAUAGGCGCAUUGUAGACGGAACCUUUAGUCCCUAUGCUGUCAUUAAUGUAGGUGACCGUUUUCUUCAAUGGACACUUGGAAAUGUCCCACAGUGUUUUGAUUCUAGGGCUCCUUUACCUAUAUAUUUAUUCUAAUUUUUUGAAGGGCCGUUUUUGUUCUGUCUUCUCAAGUGCAUUUUUUUUUAUCAUCAGGGAAAUGGAGCAAUUUUCAGCGAAUUAGAAAAGAUAAACUCUGCCAAUCAGGGAUAGUAAACCUAACUGUGGCAAAAUGGAGAGAGAUCCAGUGUUAGCAUGUUUUAUGUGUUCUGAACUACCUUUUUUAUUAUCUGAUGCUGAAUGUCCCCCUUUCUCCUGUCUUGACCUUUUGACCUAUGCAAAGCAAACAAGCCAACAGGGGACAAAACAAAGUGCAGGAAAAGGAGAGAUUUUCUCUAGCUCCUCCACAAUGGGCAUCGAACAAUUUAAAGGCACUCACAAAAGAUGAAAAAACUGAGACAUAUGUAUUAUAUGCUUACAAACACACAUGGACUAACAUAUACGCAGUUGCCCACAAAUUGAAGUGUUAAUGUCUGUCUUUGGGUGAGGAAGACACAUAAACGCAUACACAAAAAGAAAUGACUAUGUAGGGAAAAUGUCUUGCUCAGUGUACUAGAAUCAGGGAGCAACUGUUGUGUUGGAAGAAAUGGGCACUGAUAUACACACCCACAAACAGCUUGCUCUGGAAAGAUCACUGUUGCUUGUUUGAGCUGUCACAGUUUAAUCCUGGAUCCAUUUUGAAACUGGUCCUGCUAUGGCUCCGUCAACAGUCCCUCUCUUUCUAGAGAGGUUUUGGACACUUAUAUCACCCAAGUCCUCUCCCAUGGAUCUCUCUCGUGAGUGACUCCUCGCUGGAUCAAGACAAGGAACCGUGUUAAGAGAGGUGGUUAACGCAAGCUUUUCACCCUAUACAAAUAUACCGCUAUCAGUCAACACAAAUGAUAAAUGAUCUCUGGUUUUUAUAUGUUUAGGAAGAACUAUGUCUAAGCACCAGCACACGUUUAUAAAGUCUAUGUAGUUCAAUGAGCACUAAAGCGAAAAAGGAUCCCAACCCAUGCGUAUGAGGGUGCUUUGUGUGCCUUGCAUUUGUUAUUCUAUUUAAAGAAAAAAAGACGUGCUAUUUAAGAUAUUUAUUUUGAGUUGACUUAUGUUGUGCUCUAAGAUCGCAGACUUAGAAGCGGUACUGUAUGGAUAUAAUGUAUUCAUCUCAUGGCAUAUUAUUCUAAGUUAUUGAGUAGGUUUAGUUGUAGUAUUAUUGACAUACUCAACCAAAAAUGUUGGUGUAGAACUUAUUUAAGAUACAAUUCUGUAUGUGCACUGUACAAUUCUUUAUUUUUUUUUCUCUAUACCUUUUGCAAUUUUAGAACAUGACAUUAAAUAUUGGCUAAUUUAAUGCCUAUUGUAUGACAUUUAUUUCAGGCCUGUUACUCUAGGCGUGUAAGCUCCAUUUGUCAUAUCUAGAACUGUUAAAAAAAAAAACCUGGCAAAACCUAUGGGACAUGCUGCUUCAUACACUAGAAUGUAUUAUUAAUUUCAAGGAUGGAUGCUGUGCUUAUAUUGCUUUAAAUAUGCAUCAGAUGGGCUAUUUUACACUGUUUUAUACUUGAACUCUUUCUUACAAGGGAAAAUAUGAAAAAAAAAAAAAAAAAAGAAACCCCACAAGAAUAACAACAAAAACAAGGACAUUUUUCAUUGUCACUGGAUUUGGGCAUGUAAAGUGUUAUUGACUAUUUAAAUACAAACGUUCUGUUGGUAUUUAAGCCUUAUUUCAGAUUUUCAACACUAUUUACUCUAAAUGGAAAUAAAAGGUUAUAUAUUUAAACCUCAA